GGUAUAGUGUGUCCUAUAAAAACAAUUAAUUGACAUUGCUCUGUAUUCGACAUUCUAUGCAGUUUUGAAAUUCGAUGUACAUUGUGCAAUUUGACAAGUCAGUGCCAAGGCGAUUGAUUUUUUCAAAGAUGUCCUUUGCAAAUAAGAUUACUAUGUUAUGGGCCCGUCCGGGAGCCGACAAUGACCAAAAAGAUGAUGUACCUUGGACAUUACGCUACGCUGGUCGAGGGUUGGGGACGAUUGGCAGUUUUAUUGCCAUCAUACUGGGAUUACUUAACUGCACUGGUAUUUUAGUUUUCCAAGUUGGUUGCUUGAUAGCAGGUGUGUGGCAAAUGCUUGCAGGAUUCAUAGUGAUUGUAUGUGAAGCACCAUGCUGCUGCUUCUUUAUAGAUUAUGUGCAAGCUCUUUCUGAUAAAAUGGAGGGACGGCCCUAUUGGAACAAAGCUGCUCUAUACAUUGGGCUAUCUCUUCCACCAUUCUUCUUGUGCUUUCUGAGUAUAAGCACAUUGUUUGGCAGUGGAAUGAUAUUUGCUACAGGAAUUAUUUACGGCAUGAUGGCUCUUGGUAAAAAAGCUUCAAUCGAUGAAAUGAGAACGUCAGCGGCGACGUUGGAAGCCGGUGGUUUCCAGCCAAACACAGCGCCGCGAGCUAACCUUGUCAGCAACGAACAACCAUUCAGCUUCACUGGACCGCCUCUCAAUAACUGACCUCCAUAUACUUAGUGAGUUUAUCCCAUUGCUACUAGAUAAAUUCUUGUUUUUGAAAAUUAUGUUGUGGUUGAGUAAUCAAAUGUAUAUGACAGGAGACAUGUGUGUUACCUUAAAUAAUUUAGGUCUUAAAAUUAUUUAUGCAUGUAAAGGUUUGUGUGCUCAAAAAUUUUUACUUUCAAUGAAUAAGAAAUAUUCAGUUGAAAUCUAGUUGUAUUAAGAUGAUUUUUGUCCAAGGCUAUAAAAGCAUUUAAGCUAUAUCAUAUUAACUGAUAAAUCUUAAUUGUUCUUUUAAGAUAGUAUAAGGGUUUCCAAAUAGUCAUUUAAAUAACAAUUAUAAAAAUUGUCUUGAAAAGUAUUGUACAGAAUGAAUAGAUAUAGUCCAACAUAAACACUUACACUUUACAGAAUAUUUUUAUAUUCAAACAUUUGCUAGACAUGUUUCUUUAAUUACAUUUAAGUCUGUUUUUGAUGAGAUAUUUCAUUUUGGAAAAGACUUAAGACUGGACCAAGGUUCAUUAUUUAAGAUAAAAUAUUUUGUCUAUAUUUAUGUGAAAUUAUCCAAUAUGUAUGUGUACUUGAGUAUUUAUUGAGUUUCUUAUUUAAAACUUAUUACAUUUCCAAAUGGUCAGAUUUAUGCAAUACAAGAAAAAAACAUAGACUAUUGACUUACUCUAAAAUUAUUGUAUAUCCAGAGGUUUAGAUACUUCAUAUAAAUUGAGUGUAGCUAAUUAUUAUGUAUUAAAUUGAUGUGACUGAUAUUUAUUUUGUGAUAUGUUGUAAAACCUUUUAAUGUAUGUGACUUGUUACAUGCAAAUAUAAAGGCUAUUAUAACUGCUUCACUGUGACUUAAGUUAUUUAUAUUAGUAAAUUAUAUUUUGUUGUGAAAUAUUUGUCUGAGUUAGCUAUAAAUGUUCUAGGCAACCAGAUUUCUUUUAUUGUGAAUAAAUCAUUAUCAGAAAUAAAAAUAUAAGUAAAAUAUAAUACAACUACCAUACAAAGCAAUAUUGUAUCAUCUAGGUGAGCUUGUUAUUAAACUAUCAGCCACCCAGCAUCAUACAUAUAAAACUUUUGUUUACAUAACUUGAUAUUAUACAAAUUGGUAUUGAACAAUUGUAUAUUAUCAAAUGUUCUGCUACUUAACAGCAGAAUUAAUGAUGGGCACUUUAUAAAUCAUAUCUUAUGCAAAAAAUUAUUAUGAACCUAUUAUUAUAGUAAGUUGCAUCAUUUAAUUAGAUCUAAGUUAUAAGUAAAACUAAAUACAUAAUAUUAUGAGAAAGCAGUUGAGGAAUGUGAACCGCUGUGGGUUUGGAGGUUGCAAAAGUGUUACAUUUCCUUUUUUGUUAUGUUGACAACAUGAUAAAAAAUUAAAUACAUAUGUGAAAAGACAUUUAGGAAAUAAGAAUUAUUUUAGUUUGCAUAAACGCCAUGCUGGUUCCCUUUGUUUAGACUCAUAGAGAAAUAAGUAAAGAAAAAUUAUUAUUUGAUUGUAUGCAUUCCAAAUUAGGGUUUUGUACUAUUAACUAUACAAUUACUUUGCACUGAUCCUUAAAAUAAAUGUCAAUUUACCAACUCAAUUUAGAGUUUGUAAGGUUAACAUGUAGAAAUUCUAUUUGUGUAAGUGCCAUGGAUGGUCUUAAUAUUCCAUUAUCAUUCAUUAAAAUUGUAAAAAUAAAAGGAAUAAUAUUGUAUCCACUUGCAAGUGUUUAAAAUUAGUAUUUUCGUAAUAUUAAGUAAUCUUAAAAUCAUUUCACUUAAAAUAUUGUUAAUAGUAUAAAAGGCAGCUAGACCCUAAUUGUUGAUAGUGAUUUUUACCAUUGCUCAUAUAUCUAAAAUGAAUUUAUAUCCUUUUUAUUACUUUCUUUUUUUUUUCAAUUUAAGAAUUAUUUUCCUCCAUCAUAUUAGUAAAUGUUUAUUCUUAAUUAAUAAGUGAAUGUAAAUUAUGUUAGCUGUAUAUAAUUUUAUGUUAUUCCAUUUUUAAGAAUAGAUAGUAGAAUUGUGACUGCAUUAUUAUUGUCAUGUUAUUCAAAAUGAAAUCCCAAUGUUUUUGACUUUGCUUUUAUAGUUAAUUUAUCACUUGACAUUAUUUAGAAUAGAAUUCAUUUGAGGAAAAUAGUCUCCAUAAGUUAUAGUGCUUAUGACAUAUCUAUAACAUAAUAAUUCUUAGCAUAAUGUUAUGCCUCAAAGAGAUAUUUCUAAUGGUUGUAUUGGUAAAAUUAACCUUUGUAAAUUCUCUAGACAAAGUUUUCUAAAAAAUAUUUUUCUUCCAAUUUAGAAAUGAAUUUUGAUUUAUAUACUUGAACAUGAUUUUAUCAGUUUCUUGAUUUCUUAAUAAUUAAUUUUUAAAGAUAUUUUCUCUAUUGAAAAUCUUGCUCUUGAACUUAAUACUGUAAAACAUCAUAUAAAUUAAAAAUUAUUAUUAAGAAAUUUAUUGUAAGAAAACUAGAAUGUAUAUAAAUUUUAAAUUCAUAAUUAUAAACAGCAAUCAUUUUUAAUAUAAUAUAGAACAAUUGAAGAGUUACUUGUAGUGGCAAUCAGUAUAUACUAUAAUGUUGGAAUGCUAUGUAUAGUUAUAGAUGUGGUUAUAACAUUGUUCUUGUCAUGUUACUGUUAGGACAGCAUUUCUGUAAUAAAUGUGUGUAUAUUAAA